AAUGGCGACUGCAGUCAGCAGGGCUCCCGAGGAUGCCGACCUGUGGUCCUCGCAGGAUAAACUGCUGGCCCAGCCCCUGAAGGAUAGCGACACCGAGGUAUUACGGCGGCACUGAGUUUGUUGAUGAGCUGGAGGUCCUCUGUCAGAAGCGAGCGCUGCAGGUCUACGGUCUGGACCCCCAGCACUGGGGGGUCAACGUCCAGCCCUAUUCGGGUAAUUACCAGGUCCAGAUAGGCCUGGGGCCAGUCUCCUGGGGCUAAUGUUCAUGGACAGGAGUCCUAAGAGAAGGACGGCCCAUAAACCGAGUUAAAAAUAAGCCCCUUCUGGAUAUGUUUCUCUUUCUCCAUGCUCUUGCCCCUCAAGAGUAGAGCCCUAUCUCUGGCCAUCCUCUGUCCCUCGCUCUCAAGGGAAUUGACGCAGGGGAACCUCUGGGGCUUAAGGAAUGAGUACUUGUUACCAGUGCAGAGUUCGUGUGUCCACACUUGGAAAGGCCAAAACUCAGACUUUGGAGUAAGGAAAGAUUUGUUGAUCAAGAAGGUGCCAAUGAAGAAGAUGGGGGACCUGAUCUAUAAAUCCAUCUUAAGUAGAGUUCAGGCCCCAGCAGAAUUCCUCUAAAGAUUAGCAUGUGUACAACUGGCUAUUAGCCUGAAGGCCUCGGGAACUACCCAGAUUUGAACCCGGUGGAGUCAGAUGGAGCAUUUCACUCUGUUACAGAAUGGUGACCAAGUCCGUUCUGGCCACUUCUGGGCCUGGUGGCCAAGCUUAGGGUCCUGCUGGGUGCCUCAUGGGCAGAAGCAAUUGUACCUCUUCUGAUCUGCCUGGUCCAGGCUCCCCGGCCAACUUUGCGGUGUACACUGCCCUGGUGGAACCCCAUGGGCGCAUCAUGGGCCUGGACCUGCCCGAUGGAGGCCACCUGACCCAUGGGUUCAUGACAGACAAGAAGAAAAUCUCUGCUACGUCCAUCUUUUUUGAAUCCAUGCCCUAUAAGGUGAACCCCGACACUGGCUACAUCAACUAUGACCAACUGGAGGAAAAUGCCCGCCUCUUCCACCCGAAGCUGAUUAUUGCAGGAACCAGCUGCUACUCCCGAAACCUGGACUACGCUCGCCUACGAAAGAUCGCCGACGACAACGAGGCAUAUCUCAUGGCUGACAUGGCACACAUCAGCGGGCUGGUGGCAGCUGGCGUGGUGCCCUCUCCCUUCGAACACUGCCAUGUGGUGACCACCACCACUCACAAAACGCUGAGAGGCUGCCGAGCCGGCAUGAUCUUCUUCAGGCGAGGAGUGCGCAGCACGGAUCCCAAAACCAGCAAAGAGGUUCUGUACAACCUGGAGUCGCUCAUCAACUCUGCUGUGUUCCCAGGACUGCAGGGAGGGCCUCACAACCAUGCCAUUGCUGGGAUCGCUGUGGCUCUGAAGCAAGCCCUGACUCCGGAAUUCAGACUGUAUCAGCGCCAGGUGGUGGCCAACUGCAGGGCUCUGGCUCAGACCCUCAUGGAGCUGGGCUACAAAAUCGUAACAGGUGGUUCUGACAACCAUUUGAUCCUCGUGGAUCUCCGUUCCAAAGGCACGGAUGGCGGCAGGGCUGAGAAGGUGCUAGAAGCCUGUUCUAUCGCCUGCAACAAGAACACCUGCCCAGGUGACAGAAGCGCACUGCGGCCCAGUGGGUUGCGACUGGGGACCCCAGCUCUGACGUCCCGAGGACUUCGGGAAGAAGAGUUUCAAAAAGUAGCCCAUUUCAUUCACAAAGGGAUAGAACUGACUCUGCAGAUUCAGAAUGACGUUGGUGCCAAGGCCACCUUGAAGGAGUUCAAGGAGAAACUGGCAGGAGAUGAGAAGCACCGUAGGGCCGUCCGAGCCCUCAGGGAGGAGGUGGAGAGCUUCGCAUCUUGCUUCCCUCUGCCCGGCCUGCCUGGCUUCUAGAGGGGCCACCAGGCUGCACCUGCCAACACCGGAGCAUCAGGACACAGCGCCCUUCUCAGGAGAGAAGCGCCACCAACACAGGACCUGGUCAGCUUCUGUGUGCUCUCUGAGGUUUCUUUGGGACUCUUCUCACCUUCUCUUCACAAAUCAAAAUCUGCUUAAUCCCCAUUGUUAGUAAUUCUGGGACAAAUUACUAAGGAGUUUAAAACUAAACCUUAUUUUCUCACAGCUCUCUAUAUAUUCAUUCUGUAAAAAUGAAAUACUCUUUAGCCUUAAUUCAUUUAGACAGUGGGUAAGGCCGAGCUAUUGUGAAAGAUUCCAGUAAUUUUACUUCCUCUUAGAGUUACUGGGCUUCCUCUGACUCACUGCAGCAAAUAAGAAAUGCUAAGUUUGUAGCUUAUAAAAGCUCCCGUAUUUUGUCACCCAGUGGACACCAAAGGAGAACUGAAUCAUGACCUUAUAACCGAAGAGGGCAGUUCUCCUGCAGCUUCUGCCAUGUGCUUUCCAUUAGGAGUCCAGGGGUCAGACCAGUCUGGACAAGGUGCCACCAGUGUGUGCAGUCUGGACAAGGUGCCACCCUGUUAGCAGCUCAGUGUCUGGAAACAGCCUUCACCCAUCACCCCUGGGCAGGUGGGCGAGCCUGGGGCACUCCUCUCCUGGUGUGAGCAUCAGACAGAGGCCUUCCGGCCCUGCGGGAGAGAACCCCUCCUGUAAUCAGAUGCUACCUCCCCAGACAAACUGAUUUUUAUGAAGCUGAAGUGUAGAAUCAGUGACCAGUUUUAAUUUUUAAUAAGCACAGUCAACUUGAACCACAGAAUGUCUACAAGAAUCAUAGCUUUAAAAAUAC